CAUUAGAGGCUGUGAGCGCGGGGUCUUGAGGGAGACCGAGGAGGCUCUACCCAGAGAGUGUCAUCACAAAUUACCAGGAGAAGCUUCUCCGCCGCUCGCUGUCUCUCCUGCUCCUGGCAGCAGCUAACACGCCGCACGCCAGCCAGCCACCGCUGCUGCCUCCACCGGAGCUCCGCCGCUCCGCCGCUCAGCCCACCAGCUCUCUCUUCCUCUCUCACCCUCUCAUCUGACCCCCCUCAACCCUCCUCCUCCUCCUCCUCCUCCUCCACCUCCUCCUCCCCCCUCAUUGCUUCCUCUCAGCACUCCUCUCUUUAUCUUCUACAGCUGUACUAUACCAUCACCUUGUCUUCUUCAAUUUCACUUCUUGGCAGCGAAAGAACAAAAAAAAAGAAAAGAAAAGAACAAAAAAAAAGACAGAAAAAAUGGAUCUACCAUAAUUAUUUUUCGAACAAACUUCCAAAAACCAAAAAAAAGACUCAUCUGAUGUGAGAGGCAGCAGAAUUUUUUUUUUCCCGUUCCUCUUGCUUUUUCGUAUUUUUUUUUUUCCUCUCUCUGAUGGCAAGACUUCCUCACCGUGGUCUAACUGAGACGUGAUGCUUCAGGAUUUAAGCGCCAGCGUCCUCUUUCCAGCGUGUCUGCAGCAUCGAACUUUUGCUCAAGUUCCCGACAAUGACGAGCAGUUUGUCCCAGACUUCCAGACUGAAAACUUGGCUUUCCACGGACUGCAGCUGAAGAUCAAGAGGGAGCUGCACAGCCCGUGCUCCGAGCCCAGCUCCAGCUGCAGUCAGGAGCGGCCCUUCAAGCUCCAGUAUGGAGAGAAGUGCUCGUACAGCAUCAGUGCCUAUGAGCAGAAGCAGCCCACAGGAAUGAAGCCCUCCAGCCCCGUGACGCCCCCCUGCAGCACCCCCGUGUCCCCCCUGCACCAUGGCUCGCCCACGGCCGCCCCCACGCCCAAACCAGACAGGACUUACGGACACAUACCGCCCUCGCAGCCUCUCCCCGACAACGCCUACUCCAUGGACCACAGAUUUCGACGUCAGCUCUCCGAGCCGUGCCACUCGUUCCCCUCCCCGCCGGCCAUGGCUCGGGACAGCCGGCCCAUCUACCACAGGCAGAUGUCGGAGCCCAGCAUCCCCUUCCCUCCUCAGGGCUUCAAGCAGGAGUACCCGGACCCCCUGUUCGAGCACCCGGCCAUGAUGGGAGCGCCGCUGCCCCACGGCUACCCCGCCGGCAUGAUGAUCAAGCAGGAGCCCAGGGACUUCACCUACGACUCAGCAGAAGUGCCUAGCUGCCAUUCUGUGUACCUACGGCAAGACGGCUAUCUGGCCCACGCUAACAGGACUGAAGGUUGUAUGUUUGAAAAAGUGGCGAGGCAUUUCUACGACGACACCUGCGUGGUGCCGGAGAAGGUCGAAGGGGACAUCAAGCAGGAGUCGGGCCUGUACCGCGAGGGCCCGUCGUACCAGCGCCGCGGCUCCCUGCAGCUCUGGCAGUUCCUGGUGGCUCUGCUGGACGACCCGUCCAACUCCCACUUCAUCGCCUGGACCGGCCGCGGCAUGGAGUUCAAACUCAUCGAGCCCGAAGAGGUGGCACGUCGGUGGGGGAUACAGAAGAACCGGCCAGCCAUGAAUUACGACAAACUCAGCAGAUCACUGCGUUACUACUAUGAGAAGGGAAUCAUGCAAAAGGUGGCCGGCGAGAGAUACGUCUACAAGUUCGUGUGCGACCCCGAGGCCUUGUUCUCCAUGGCCUUCCCCGACAAUCAGCGGCCCGUGCUGAAGACGGACAUGGAGCGGCAGAUCAACGAGGAGGACACGGUCCCGCUGUCCCACUUUGAUGAAAACAUGGCCUACAUGCAGGAGGGGCCGUACUGCCAGCCGCACCCCUACAGCGAGGGCUACGUUUAUUAACGUCAGGCCCAGAAAACACGCACUCGAACCCCCACCCACCCCCAGCUUUUACCCCGCAUCACCCCUACCUGCUCCGUAAACCAGAGACAGUCGUGUCUUUCAAUCGGGAAAAAGAUCGAACACAAUCUCUCCUUCCUAACAUGUCUCACAUAAACACUUGCAUCCUCUUUUUUUCCCCUUUUUGCUUUUUCUGACGUCCGAGCUGCACAGCAGGAUGGAGCGUGCACUUUACGGACAGGGACGGCCUGGUGGUGACGUGACAGGGGCUAGCGAUGCGGUUAGCUUUUUUACUAUUGUCAAUGUUUGUACAUUAAUGUGGAAACUAUUCUGUUUUUCUUUCAUUUCUCCUCAUUCAUUUUGAGCAUGUGCUGCCCCGGCGAUAGUGAUGUCGACCGCUCGUUCACGAGGCCAAAUUCCCCUCAGACUUUGAACGCUCUCCUAAAGAAACGGCCUCGUCUGCUCGACCGAAGCGAAUCAAAGGACGGAGCGUUUUGUUCGGCCGUCCUCACACGAACUUUUAUGAUGAAGAGACGUCGUCGCAGACUUGAAAAAGCAGUGUGAUUACAGAGAAACUGAACUCAGCACAUCGGCCCCUCAUCCAAUCAAAUUGUAGAUCUCUCUCUUUUUUUUUUUCUUUUGCUGUUACCUCCUGGAUUGUUCUCUCAUAAGCUAAAAAAAAUAAAAGGAAAAAAAACUCGGUGAAUUUGGUGAAGAUGAAACUUUGUCUCCCGAGGACGCGCUGGAGCUGUACAGAGGACUUUUUCUCCGCAUCACCUGUGUUUCAGAUAAACAGCGAAGCCGCAGGCUGCUGUAAAAAUAACUCGGUCACUGUAAACAGCAGUUUGAUUCUUUUCUGAUUUGCAUCUGAGCGGCAGUCAUUCAUUUGUCCGGUGAUCGGUUUGUUGAUGGAUAACAGGUGAAGUACAUGUACAGUUGAAGUGAAUACGGAAAUCAGUCAACACACAUUCAGGAUAACAUUUGCAUCCCUAGUGAUAAUGAUGAUUAAAAAAAAUGAUUGAUUUUAUCAGCAUAAAUAAAAGAAAAAAUGAAAAACCUUAAAAAAUAUAUACUAAAGUCUAAUUUUUCUUUAAAUAUUUUUUUCAUUUUUGUUCCAGGAGAACAUGAGGUGUAUAUUUUGCUUAAAAACCUUUUUUUUUUGCCAUCAAUAGGCAGAUUUUUGGUGAAACUGGAAAAAAAAAAAAAGAUAAUAACAACUAUUUAGAGUUUUAUAAUGUGGUGAAUUGAAAAAAAAAUCAUGUUAAAAUGUUCCAUUGUAUAAUCAGGUAAAUCAACAUUUUGUUGCUGCUUCAAAUUGUAAGUGUUUUUUUGUUUUUUUAAGUCUCAAGGGGAAAAAAAAUCCAAAAAAAUGAGUGUGAGGCAGCUUUGGCCUGCUAUUAUGUUUUCUUUUCUUUUUUUGUCAUUUUUGUUAAAUUCGAGCGUUAAAGAGUCUGGUCUGUCUGAGUUUUGUUCUCCAGGUUCACAUAUAUGGGAUGGGAUUGGCA